AGUUGAUGCACACGCAGUCACUAAGAAUGACGUCAUCACAUCGCGUCCAACGCACAAACAAGCAAUUAGAGCGCACGCAGCAAGCGAAUCGUCUGGCUGACAGACAGCUGGUCGAGAAGCUUGAGGCACUUCAUUUGUCAGAGAAGACGCGUUUGCAUGAAAUAAGAACGGAAAAUAUAUUGCUUAAAAUGGAGUUACGUGACAGUCAGUGUCGAGAAUUGAUAACUGCAUUGAAACGCCAAGUUCUUUCUUACAAUGACGUUGCCAUGAACACUCAGUCCCCAAAAAGGUCUAACAUCCGUCGUAGUGGAGAAGAACGCAUCGAAGAUAAUAAAUCAGCUGAAAUUGAUCGGCGCUGGAAAAAAUUGCCUAUAUUGAGCAGCCAGCCACGGAUGCUUUUUCAAAGUUUGCCUCCAAACCCAAGAAAAUAUUAUGAUGAUGGCAAUAGCGACUCUGAUGCGUCAUUAAGCAGUUUUUAUGAAAGUGGGUCAGACGAUCAGGAUGAUUCUGACGAUUCCCGAUCGAUGACGAGACAGGUCAUUCGUCAAGUGAGAGAGGCGCAAACUGCGCCAACUUUAAGACGACUUCCAAAAAUAUCCGCAAAACUCGGAAAACUAAAAGCCGCUCAAAAAAAUAAACAAACAAAAAACGAAAUGAAGGUUGGGCCAAAAGAGCCCAAAAAACGUAGAAAAAGUUUAACUUGGAAAGAUCAACCACAAUACAAGAAACUUCUCGAAUCUAUGGAAAAGUACGAUCACUUUACAGACGGCAGCAUGGCUCUAGCGAUGCGCCGUUAUGAGCACAAAAGGAAAGCGUCUCUCCAGCCUCCAGCUGGACAUCUUCCCGUUCGCAGGAGACGCAGUAUUAGCAAUUACUUGCAAAGAACGAAGUCGGCGGAAUCCGACUCGGACAAAGAAUAUGACACCACGCCAUUUACUAAUAAACCUCGCAGUGCAAUAGCGUCUUCUGGGGAACAUCAGCAAAAUGAAGUCCAAUCGUCACCCGACUUCAAUAAGGGACCCGUCGGAAUCUCGUCACCCCUGAGAAAAGUGUAUAUUCCACAACAAGAACAGGAUUCCGCCAAGAAAGAGUAUAUAAAGAAUAUAUCAAAGCUUUGCAGGGCAGACCAGAUUCAGAAAUAUAACCGUGUUCAGGAUAAAAUUCGAGAAUUUCUUGGAGGGAAACUUUUGGCCAGCGUACCAGAUUUAGAACCCCUUACUGCAGAGGAACAGUCUAUGUUGACUUUGCUCAGAGCGUCUAGGAUGUGCAAAAAAUAA